AUGAGUAGCUAUAGAUCUCUAUUGUUGGAGCUAUCCAAUAGCUUAACAACUGCAGACCUGCGGGAGCUGAAAUUCCUGUGUGGAGAUGUUAUUCCUGCCGGUAGAUUGGAGAGAAUCAACCAGGGAUUUGAACUUUUUAGCGCUUUGGAACAACUCAACAUGCUGUCAGUAGAGAACAGAGAUUUCUUAGCAUCCAAACUGAUUGCUGUUAACAGAAAUGAUUUAAGAAACAAACUCUUAGGAAUACAAGGUAAGUUAUAGCUCAAGUCAGUAAUCUCUAGAGAAUUUUCUAUUAUGGGAGAUAGAAGCAAAGUUCCUAUGGGAUGAGCAGUCUGCUCAUUAUUAAGCUGUCAAGGAACUACAGUUAUAGGCCAUGAUCGAUUGUGCAUUAAUUUAAUAAGCUUAUAAACACGUUGAGAUUUUCCUUAAUGCUUUAUUAAAUCCAUAAAAUUUAUCACAUUGAAACGUCUUUUGAUCCAGCUGAUUUGAUCAAUGUUAGUUUAAGUACUUCAUAAUAUAUUAUAAUGGCAAAGAAUCAAUUUUGAACAUAGAAGUAAUGUCCAGAUAGGGGUACAUGUACACUUUCUGAAAUUUUUAUAUUUCAUAGCUUAGGAAGAACUGUACCCAGUUACGUUGAAGACUCCAGGGUCUAUGUUAUUCACAAAUGAUUGCAAACCAGAGGGCAUAUUCUUACUGAAAAACUCCUGGAAAUUGUGUGUAUGGAAAUAAUGACCUGUCUCUUUAUUCAUUUAAUGCCCAACUCCUUCAUGAAAAGAUUUCAUUUAUGCCAUCUAACUGGGAUUUGUCUGUGAGUCUGCUGGAAACCUGUCAAUCUUCUUCUCAGGGUUCGCAAAUACGCCAAAUUUGGCAUAUUUUACGCCAAAAUUUUUCACAUGACUCCACUGAGGUUACGGAGGGAGUCACUUCGACUCCAGAAAUUUUCGGUAACGAACACAGUUUUGUCCUUGCCUUUUUCGCAACAAAUACAAUUUACUUUAAUUGUAAACGUUGUAAACCUUAAUUAAAUCAUCGAAAUUAAAGAAUUAUACUGCACAACAAAACAGGAAGAGGGUAAAUUACGAUCAAAGUUUACUCAAUCGCCGCCAUCAUGGAUUUGAGCUUUCCAGGUCAGUGGACCGCCACAGCUACUUCGUGUAUCCCUCAUGAUAGUGUAUACAUGCCAGGACCACAUGCUGGAAAGUCUGAUACUUGACUCCAAAUAUUCCAAAUUGACUCCAAAAUUUGUGAAGCAGAAGUCACACAGACUCCACUCAUCAGUAAAAUUUGUAAACCCUGAUCUUCUGGUCUCCCAAUACAGGCCACUUAAUCUCCCGGGUAAAAAUGUCUCUCAGUUUUUCUUUACUAUAGAAUGUGGAAUUUAACCUCAAAUUUUGAUGAAGUAGGAUUUUGUUGUUCUUUUUAUCUAAACACCCUCUCUGCUAGCAGAUGCCUCUUCAACCCUUGUCAGCAAUUGAAAAUAAUUAGUUCAGUGUUAUUAUAGAUUUAUUAAAAUUAUUGUUGUUUUAAAUAUUUUUCCUUUUCCUCUCGCAGGGGAUCCAAAUGCUGCAGGUCUAGUACCAAGUAAGUACACACAAUGACUGAUACUUGAUGCAAUUAGACCCAGUAUUGAGCUUCACAUGUGACAAACCUAAUACAAAUGCUCAAAACAGGUGUUUCUUGGUCUUGUGGAAACCAUUGUUGGUUCACCUUUUUUUGUUGUUUGGGUCUUGUUCAAUGUCUUUUCAAUCCUUUGUAUUACAUCAUUUGCUGUUUGCGACCAACUGCAACACCAAAAAACUACCCCAGAAUCUAUACUCUUACUCAAUAACAAUUAGUUUUGAAAUUCAAUGUGGUUUGCACAGGCCUUGAAAAGUCCUUAAAAAGCGAAAAAAAAAAUGGAAAAUUAUGGGAUAUCAUUGAAGAGUCCUUGAAUAUUCUUGAAAUGCUCCUUGAAUAAAAAUAACCAUGAUAAGCUUCAUUAAAAACAGUACUUGGUGCAAAGGAAAGAUUUGAAAGCACGGAAAUAUGCAAAUUUUCUUGGUGAUCAUGAAAGAAUUUUUUUUGUUUUCGGUGUUUCCAGCACAGUUCAUUUUCCGUUAUUUGAAGUACCCUAGGAAACUUGUCUUCCGUGGGGAGGGUAUUGCAAUAACUUCCUUCCACCUACGCAUGUGAAAGGUCUUGACACUUUACGUGGAAAGGAAGUAUGCAUAUUUCACUAUUGUUUGUCAUUCUGUGUCAAAUUACAGGAAAGCAAAGUCCUUGAAAAAAUGAUUUUGGUCCUUGAAAAGUCUUUGAUUUUUUCCCUUCAAAAUUCUGUAUGUACUAUGGUUCCGUGUUUGGCUGGGUAGUGAUGUGGGAGCCUGGGUGAGUUGGGGAGGGGAAGAGUACAGGAGACAGGAAAGGAAAGAUCAGGAGAUGGGAGUUCUUAAAGGGUGGGAAGUGGGAGAAAUAGGAGGAAAAAAUUAAAAAACAAAGCCAGGAAAAUAUGGGCUGGAGCCAGGACUGCAAGGUGUAACAGCCCAGGAUCAGGAAGGCUCGGACCGCUUGUCCUUCCCCCUCUGUUAAGUGCAAUUUCAAGUCCUGCCAUAAGCUCAACUUGAUGCUCUGACAAAUAAGAAAUUUGGAGGAAAAGCUGCCUUGCUAGUUUUGAUAAUUGUUAUUUUCCUCCAUCUUUGCUACAUUGCAGCUGGUACAGCAGUGAUGUUACCAUCAAAUGUAAACAACAGGCAAGUGUCUGACACCUUACUGCAUGAUCUUGUGGAAGACCUUAGUACCAGCUGGAAAAUGCUUGGUCGACGCCUUGGUAUUCCCGAGGGGGCCAUUACAAAUAUUGACAUGGAACAUCGUCGUGUAGUAGAAAAGGGUAUGGCAAUGUUUGCUGAAUGGAAAAGACGGAGAGGUGAAGGUGCCACAGUGGGGGUUUUAAGAGAAGCCCUGGACAAAACAGGAAGGCGUGAUCUGUCAGAAAGAGUUAGAGGUACAUGAAAAGUAAAUCUUUGGUUUUUUAUCUGUAACAUUUUUUGAUGAUAUAUGGACUUUUUCUUAUAAGCUCUGCUGUUAAUUUCUUCCAAACAACAUUACUGACAAGUUUGAAUAACUUACAUCCACAACACCAUUAUCGCACAUUGCCUUACCAAGAAAACAGCAAAAAAUAAAAUUUAAAAUGGUGGUAUGGAACCACAAUAUCUACAUUUAACUGAAAUAUCAUGUUUCACUCUAAACUUAAGAGUUAGUAGUCAGUGUUGACUUUAAUACUUUUUUUGUGUACUAGAUAUCGUUCAGGCUGAACAGCAAGCUAUGAUGAAUACCACUACAACAGGUUUGUUUUACAUCUGACAAAAGUGCCCAGUGAUCACUUUUGACUUACCUGUACUUUUGUGUUUGGGUGAAAAGGAAUAGCCUGAAUUUCAUCUGAUUACUUCGAGUCGUUAUUACUCCCUCAGUAACAUCUGAAUCGACUGCCCGUUAAUGCCGUCCAGUGACGUCACUACUCCUUAACCUUUGUUUUAAUUCAUGCAAAAAGUAAAACCCGAUUUUCAAGUGGCAAACCGAGAAAUAUGGUUUGGAAAUGUCUGCAUGAUACAUAACUGCUUUAUUUUUUCGAUCAUAAUUCAUGUUUAAUGUUCAAACUAUCAACUGCAUGCAGUACAACUCUGAACCGGUUGUACUAAAUUCUAUAAUCAAACUUGGUCACAAUCACGCAAUGAAAUAAACACACACAUGGAACACUUAGUUCAAAAACACAAUGAUUUGCUUUAAUUGAAAAGAAGCUAUUUGGUCCUUAACAAAGAAAAAAAAACAAGGAGACAAGAGAGAAAAGCUAACAGAAUCGUUACACUUGACGGUAAAAAUAGCAAGAAGGUCGAAUUAUAACAUUGAUCUCAGAAAACUUCGCGUAAACAAAAUCACUGGCCACCGAAACCACAAAACCUCUAAAUGAAAAACCUACUGACUCUCUGCAAUGUUUCUUCAUUCACAGUUCAAUUUAGUAUUCAGUUUCGUAAGGGCAAUUUUGCUGUGUAAGAUAAAGAUUAAGCUUAUCGAAAUGUUUGAACUAAACGAAAGAAUGCCAGGGAUGCGAUCUGCUGAAUAUUAAGCGUCAAUCCCGCUAAAAUUUUUCAUAAUUAUACAUAAUUAUGCGAAUGUUUAGACAAUCAACCAAUCAAAAUCACUACCCUGUUUUCAAGCAGUGAGUGACAGCACUGGACGGCAUUAACGGCCCGUUGAUUCAGAUGCUGUUGAGAGGAGAAGACGACUUGAAGUAAUCGGAUGAAUUUCAGACUAAAAAAAGGAAAUGCUUGUUUUUGCACUAGCCCUAUAAUAUGCAAGGAUUUUUCAAUUUUUGUUUCUUGGUUUAUUGACUACAGCAAUUCGCUUAACAGGUUCUCCAAUAGAGGAAAGACAGCCAUUUCCAAAUUUAAAUCCACUUAGGCCAGCUUUGCCAAUUAUAGCCCCAACAAGUACCCCAAUAAGUACAGCUGCACAUCGGCAGCCUCAACAGCCAGGUAGGGUCCCUGUGCCAGUGACUGCAAGUUUACGGGAGCCUCAGGAGCAAGCUGAGCCUGUGCAUCAUGCAGCUUCAAAUUCCUCUGCCAGCACAACAGAUCAUUCUACUGGCUCAACAAGAAUACCUCGCCCUCCUGGGGCUGUUAUUACAUUCUCAAGGUUUGAACAAAAUUAAUUUUAGCGGUGGAUCUUGGGAGAUGGUGCGGAAGGUGCACACCCCCCUCCCCCAAGAUGACCUGCAGCUUUCUAAUACAACUGGUACCAUUCAUGAUUGAUUAAGUGCUGCUACUCGAAUAAGCGCUGUACCUUUACCGAAAUUAAUUUGAGAAGCAAUGCUCUCAAAUAAGCACUGCGGCGCUUAUUUGGGUAUUUACAAAUUACCGUCCCACCUUUGUUAGGGCACUUGAUAUAAAGAGAUCAAAACCAUAUCGUUUGAGAAAUAAGACCUCGACCAACUCAUGAGCUCUAAAGUUUACAGUAACCAGUUUGAUCGGUAGGAUAAGAGACAAAAAAGUAAAUAAUUGCUACAGGUGAUAUUAUGUAACCCCAAAACAAGAGAAAGACAAUUAACCAAAGGAUGAAAACUGGUUGUCUAAAUUUUGGUCUGGAAGUCUACAUAAUGUAUCUUUCAUCCUCCUGGGUCCUAUCUGCUUGUAUACCAGCAUGUUAGGUGAGGUUAAAGAUUUGCUUUUGAAUCAAUUUAGUCCCCAGCGCGUUGUUAAAAUUACUAAAGCCUUAUCAGCUUUAAGUUUGGGAAUCUCCAUCAGGUUGAGUGUUGUGCAAUAAUAGUAAGCUUCUGCAAUAGGAUGGCAAAGAGAAGAAGGCAGCAAAACUUUCUUGUGUGACAAAGAAUGUUUUGAGUGUUUAUUUUUAUGUUUCACUCAACUUGGUGGCAGCUGACUCCCUGUUUGAAUUAUGUUAAAUUUUGUGACACAGCUCCUUUAAUGGUGGUACAACCAGGCAACCAAUCCCUGAACAGGCCAUAGCUGGAGGAGAAGUGGACGUGCAUGAUUCAGGACCAGGUACAGUAACAGAUGCAUUACAUAUUCUGCAGACUACCAUGAAUGACUCGCUUUAGAAAGCUGAUUUUAUUACUAGCUUGGAAUAAUCACCACUAAAUCCUAGACAACUGUUACCGACACUGUACAAAUGACUUAUUGAUGGUCUGAAGCAAAACUGACAGAAAAUGACUGGAAAGCCGACAAUUUUACUAACAAUAAACGAUUGUUUAAUUGUGACAAAAGAUGGAUCGAAAUGAACCAUUGACAUAGAGUCUUCUUAGCCAUGACAUCAUGGCGUAACUGACAGACGGCCAAUGACAUUGGAACUUAAACCAGAGUUUAAUACCAUCAAUUGACUUGAUACAACUCACUUUGACUCCGAAAAUGACUACUGCACAGGUUGUUGAAGUGCCAGUCACUGUCAACAACAGUCCUAUUCAGUACUAAACUCACCCACACGAUCAUGCUCAACCUACUUAUGAAAUGACUCGUGGGUUCGAACCUUUCACAGUGAACCCAGAGCUGAAAGGAAAACUUCAAUCUGAUGGAUGCUUCUUGGAUCCUGAGAAGUAUGAUCCAGUGAAAUUCCUAGGAUCUGGAGGAUAUGCUAAGGUGAAGAAAUACAGUGUGUGCAUAGAGGAUAUUGAGGCCUUCUUAGAAGGGUUUAUGCAUUUUCCUAGUCUGAAUUUCAAAACCCAUUGUUUUAUGUAUUGAAGAGGAGGCCAUGUUGCUGUUGCUAUUUUACUAUCGUUUGAGGAUUUUCUCUGUCGCUGUUGCAGAUUUAACUUAUCUUUGUGUCGUUUGUUGCCAUUUCCUGUCUUGUAUCGCUGUUUCAAGGCCAUAUGUGUUGUGUGUUGAAAAAUGUGAAAAGAAUGCAGUAUUCUUUAAAUUAUUCUGGUACAUGGUUUUUGUCCACCGAAAGUUAAAAUUACUCAAUUUCCUGGUCGAUUCUGUCUUACAGUUUUAAUUUAUAGACUCACUGAGGCCCUGCUUGAUUUUGUGCAGAAUUAGGCUAGUUUUCAUUAGUUAUGUGAUUUCAUAGGGAUUAUGCAAUCCAGUGCAAUUUAAGAUCAUAAUUGGUAAGGGGAGGGAUGUCUACAGGAAGACUUCCAAAAAUGUAAUUCUUCAUUUGAAAAUUCUUAGAAUUUUAAGGGCAAACUGAGGCUUGAUUUUCUUACAACAGGUCUAUCUUGUGGUUGAAAAACGAACAGACAAGAAAAUGGCUUGUAAGAUGUGUGAUCUAGGGGCUAAUACCAGUGACACACAAAAGGUACAAAGUUGUAACUACAAUUUUUAACAAUAUCAUCGUUCUGUUUAUAGUCAAGGCAAUGCAAAAACUUUUUGUGUUCAUUUUUCUUGUCCAUGCCCAUCUCUCGGGUAUUUCUUGGAUUUUAGUUUGCUGGUCUGAAUAUUAAGUUCUCUUGUCCAAAAAAAUCCCUACUUAACUGCCCCCCCAGAGUAAGUAAUUAGGCAUGAAGUGAGAUUUUCCGAGGGAUUGAGUGAGUAAACGAUAAAAAUGGAAAUGGUCCUUAAUAUUUUAUGUUGGUAACCUGUAACAAUCAUCAUUUGACUGGCAAACCCGAGGCUGAUGGUGCACUCAUCUACAUCCCCCCCCCCUCCCCCUCAGCACCACCACCACCACCACCACAACCACCACUUUCUACUGGAGUGCUGUAUGUGGUCAAUGUUUGAGUCUGUGAAUGAAUCCUAUGAUGUUACCAUUCAAAUGAAAGCUACUGAGCAGUACCUUCCUGUGGUACUGUUUAUUAUGCUGUAAACGGUGGUUCUAACUUUUGAGUCUGUGGAAGAAAUCCUCUGGUGUGACCAUUCAAAUGAAAGCUACUGAGCAGUACUUUCCUGUGGUUCUGUUCAUUAUGCUGUACAAGAUGAUUCUAACUUUUGAGUCUGUGGAUGAAAUCCUAUGGUGUUACCAUUCAAAUGAAAGCUACUGAGCAGUACUUUCCUGUGGUACUGGUUAUUAUGCUGCACAAGGUGGUUCUAACUUUUGAGCUUGAGGACUAAAUCCUGUUGUUUGACCAUUCAAAUGAAAGCUAUUUGGCAGUUCCUUCACUUGGUACUACUUGUUUUUUUGUCAUUUUCCCGAAAUGAAAUUUUAAAAAUUGUGUUGCAUUUUGACUUUUGUUACUUUUGGAGAAAGAAUGAAGAUUUUUUGAUAAGGGAGUCGUAGAUAUGAUUGUUGUCAAAAAUGGUUUCUUUUUCUUUUUUGGUCUUAGCUGGUAAAGUCUAUGGAAACUGAAGUCAUGGCUCUAACUUCCUUAAAACAUGAACACAUUGUUGAGUUCUUUUUUGUGGAGCAUAUUCACAACACCGCUCUUCUGUUUCUGGAGUACAUGGAAGGGGUAAGAGAAUUGUAGUUAAUCAAUAAUAAUAAAUUAGUAUAGGUAAUAGCAUGAUUUGUAGUGAUAUUUGGCAUAAAUACCACGAGUGAUAUUUCGAAAUUGUUAUACGUAAUUUCACAAGCCGUUAGGCAAGUGAAAUUUGAGACAAUUUUGAAGUAUCACGAGUUGUAUUUAUGCCAAAUAUCAUGUACAAAUCAUGCUAUUAUUUGUUUAUACUACUACCCACAAAAGGUUUGUAAUUUUCACAUGUAGGUGUUUCAAAUUUAGUUGAAAUACCACUACUCUAAGCCAAUCAAAUUGCAGAAAUUUCUCAUGUAGUAGUAAAAUAGUUAUUUCUAUGGUUGCAUUUCCAUUGCUGUCCAAUGCCACUUUACAACAAUAACUGCUUUAAAAAAUACACUGUUCUUAAAUUUAUAAAUUAAGCUAUGCAAUAAAAUUUACAAUGUUGUUAAAAUGAAUAAAAUAGAUGAAUAAAAUCAGAAGCAUAAUUUAUAACCCUGAAGCAACAUCAAGAAGCUCCCUGAAGCUUAUAACUCUGUGCCAAUCAAGUUUUUUUUUUGAGAACCAAUCAAAAUUUGUUUCCUAAUAUGGAAUCAUUGAUACCCAAGACUGUCUAGCUAGUGUUAUGAAGAUUUUGUUUCGUGAUGUAAAGGAAGUGCUCCUUUAAAAAUGUGUAUAUCAAAAUUUAAAUAGAAUCAACAGGAUUUUGUUUACAUGUAAAGUUAAUGGGAAAGUUAAUGUUGAGGCAUCGCCCUUGUUCAAGCUAGUGUAGCCGGAAAAAAACCAGGGGGCUACUGUCGUGGUAGGUGUCAGCAGAGAGCCCAGACCCAGACCUAUCCGUGGGUGGGUGGCUGACUUGUUUUGUGUGAAAACCAGGGGGGUGGGGAGGGGAGAUUUUCUCACUUUGAUUCGAGUUUCAUGCAAAGUCAGAGAAUUUUUCCUGCGGGCUAGGCCAGCCAAAUCAAUGCGAUGACUCAUAAUCAUAACACUACUAUCAGAGCUUGGGGGAAGUGAUUGACUACUCAUAAGCUUCAUGGGUGGGGAGGGUGAUUAGUUGCUCAUUGGUCUUGGCUUUCUAGAGACUCAGUACAGGCACUUUCUAUGAAAUCCACACAGAUAUAUAUUGAAGUUAAUUUUGUUGUAACAAAAAAAAAAAUUAAAAUUAACCGAAUUAAAAAAUUAACUGUGACAUACAUCAUGUCAAGAGAUAUCAUGUAUAUAUCAUUCUAUCAUGUAAUUUUCGCUGCCCCCCUUCCCCUCUCCCCCCGACUCUAUAAGAAACGCUGUGGUCGGGCAGGGCUUGUAAUAAAAACAUAUGUUGUAUUGUGUUUUUGUUUUUAAAAUAAGGUGUUUUAAGUGUAAAAAUAUUGUCAUAGAAAGAAUGAUAAAAUGGAUGUUUUUAACCAUUUACAUUGGGUAAACCAGUCAUUUCACGUUAUGUACUAAUGGAAAAUAGAACUCAGGCCUGUUGAAUUUCGUUUACCAAGUCCCAUUUACCGAGAAUCGCCCCCAAAAUGCUCAUACAUGUACUGCCAUCAAAAAUGUGUUGGAAGAAAUGGGGCACGAAUUUCCCUGUGGAACAUUCCGGCCGGAAAGCACGACUACCUUUUCAGACAUUCCGUUGCUCCCGGAAAUUUUCCUUGUAAAAGUCCCCCAAAAUCGUGUUCUUUUUACUUUCUAACCAGGAUUUCCUGGAAGCUUUUUGUAAAUCGUGAACGUGUUUUCUGCCAGGGUACGCUAGAAGACUUGCUUAGGAACAAAGGACCUUUGGAAGAACCUUUGGUGGUCAAGUUCACAAGACAACUUCUUUCUGCUGUUGAUUUUCUCCACACGAAUGGAAAAAAGCACAUUGUACACAAAGAUAUAAAAGGUUAGGUUUGAAAACCUUUUGCCUCUUGUACACAAGCCUGAGUGGUUGAACGUUUUCGAAAACAGGUGUUUAUGUAAACGGAGGUUUCUUCGUUUUCUAGGUUUGUUUAAUUGGCAACAACGUAGAAAACGUUAGUUGUAAACGGGUCUAUGUUCCUUUUAAGAUGCGAAAAUUCUAGUGUGGACACGGAACUUUUUAUGUGGGCGUCGCUUAAAUGUAGUAAUCGAGAUCGCUUGUUUUGAUUCAAAGUUGCAAUAGGCACGCAAUACGUGCGAACGUAAACAAGCCAAGCGACAUGAAUGUCUGCCACGCGAACGACUCAUACAAGGUAAAAAUCAUUCCGGAAAGAAAGCUCUGCCUGCAGGGUAGUUAAUCCCACUUUUACGAUCUCAAAAAACUUGCAGUAAAUAAACAAUUCCCAACAGUGUGGGGACAAAGAAAUUAAAAGCGAUGAACAUCUGAAAGCAAUGGAGGGUUAAUUUUCAGACACCCCUAUCGUAUUCUCUCAUGCACGAACCACGAAAGCGCCAAAUUCCAAAUGUGGUCGUAACUAGAGCUGGUCGCUUAUGAGACUGGUCUUAAGAAGAGUUUCGACUGUACAACUGUAGACAUAAAAGGCUUCACAUACGCGUGGUACAACGACACCCAAAUAUACGCUCCCACAGCGUCUUGUUUAAUGGGUUUCGUUAACAUGAAAACGGAGGGUUUUCUAAACGCGCUAGUGUUACCACUAGUGUGGACAUAACGUAAAUGUUAAUUGAAUAUAUUGGAUAUUUUAGGCGCGAAUAUUUUGCUGGACGGCGCCCAGAAAAACAUAAAACUGGCAGACUUCGGAAUCUGUACAAUAAUGGAGGUAAGAUCAUGUCCUUUAUGUGAGGUUUACAUACUCUUUUUCACUGAAAAAGGGUAUAGUACAUACAGUAGAACCCAAGUAACUCGAACUCUGAAGAGAAACGAAAAACAGUUCGAGUUAUCGGGUUAAGUUUCAGUGAAGUUUGGAUUAAGGGAAAGGAAAUUUAGUUCGAGUUAGCGGGGAAUUGCCGAAGGAGUAAAAACGUCACGAAGUAAUCGUCUGAAAUUCAGGCUAGCGCGGAGUUCGAGGUUCUACUGUACACCAGGUGGCCUCAAAUUAAUCAACCCUCUGUCAAAUUGCCAGCCUUGCAUUCAGUUUUGUUUUAAUUCCUACUGCAAGUGACGUCUGGCAUUAGCAUCUCUACAUGAGAGAUCCCGGCAAGAAAGAACCAGUCGGUUUUUUUACGCGUUAAGUGGACCUCUGUAUUCAAGGGUUUUUAUAUACCGAUCGCUUACGAGAGAGUGUUCAUUCACGAGAGGUUUCAACCAUGGUUAUCUGACUGGGAAAAUUUUGCUGUUUUUGAUAGGUGGUCGCUUAUGGGUAGUAUAUAGUCGCACAUGGAGGUUCAACUGUACUCUUUUUAUUGCUAGCCGCUCGCACUUUUAACAUAUUUUUUGUCGUCUGCCUGAUGACUACCUGUUGAUUUCUACAGGAACUAAGAACUGCUACCGGUGGCCUGGUGACUAAAAAUAAUGUAGCGUCCUUUCAUUGGACAAGCCCUGAGCUUCUCGCUGCGGAAGAAUUUAGUCGAAACACAGACAUAUGGUAAGCAGAAUUCAACGGCUUUCGUGCUUGUGGUGGAAUUGACUUCAUGUCUUUGCAUGAGUUUCAGGUCUGUAAAUAAUAACAGUACGCCACGCUAUUACUGUAGAGAAUAAGAUCAUCCUCUUCAUACAUUGAUGCCUUGCUAAUGACGGAUUCCACGCAUGCGAGUUUACGAGAUGUUAUAUUUCACGAGCCCUUCAGUCAAUUUUAGACUACCGUAAAAUUCCAAAAAUAAGCCCCUCCAAAUAUAAGACCCCCAAACCGGUAACGCAAAAAACCCUCCGUUAAAUCGCCCCUCCAAAUAUAAGCCCCCCGGGGGCUUGUACUUGGAAAAUUGCCCUCAAACACAAAGUAAAACAAAGCUAAAAUGGUAAAUUUUCUUCCAACUAUAAGGCUAGCCCAAUCGAUUUUGAAACGCAAAUAUCCUCCCGUAGAUAAGCCCCUCCGUAUAUAAGCCCCUCAAAAAGGGCCUUUGAAAAAUAUAAGCCCCGGGGCUUACUUUCGGAAUUUUACGGUAUGUUCUACACCGAACAGCUCUUGCGCCGACUCGAACACUAUAUCGGAUAGGGCUUCUGUUCACGUGAUUUCGGCGCGAUUUUAACGGAGCGAAGCUGCACCGCGACGAUCUUGAAAGUGGAUUUUAACAUAUCGGAUAGGUUUUGUGCCGCUCUUUGUCACAGUGUUGUCAGCUGUUUGGAUCGUAGGAGUAGGAGAGAGAACUGGAACCCACUGAGACGGAAGGAAAUAUUCAGGAUUGAGGACUGGAAUUUAGUGCACCAAACCCUCGCGGUCAACAGCUCCGGAACGAUGUUCAGUAGACCUGCACGGUUUUAAACCUCUUAUUUCACUGGUCCCCUUUAAUCUGCACUUCCACUGUUUUCAGGGAUAGGGGCAUUGUUAUGUGACAAUCCCUAUUGUUUUCCCAGCUAAUCAAAAACAAUCUUUCAAAUAGGUGUGGGAUCGCCCACGAUGUUCAAAGUGUGUGAACGACGUGUUCCUGUUCAGUGCUGUUGCUGUUCAUUCUUUAGUAGAAACUUCUUUCCAUGUUGGCAUAACCUACAGGCUAUCCUGUAUAGGCUAGACAUCGCGUCGAAAAGAAUGAAACGGCUUUCUUCUCCGAAAGUUUGCUUCACUUCGAAUUUGAG